AUGCUCCAGCCUAUCCGGCCAUCCCUUCCGUGCCCGAGCGCUUUGGGGCGGCCCAGGCCAAGGCGAAGACCCGAGGGAUUUCCACGGAGCUCCACAGGCUCCAGCCUUGGAGCCUUUCGAGGGCGACACCAUGCGGCCUUCAAGCUCUCAAAAGCUUGGGGGAUGUGGCCACUGCUGCUCUUAAUCGGGGUCGUCUUCUCCCAACGACGCCAACUGAAGAAGAUGGUGGAACCGCCACGCAAGACUCGGGUCCUGUGGUCGGGCUGCUUGUGGGCCUUCCUUUCCACGAUGACGGUCUUCGAUACCAGCGGAAACGCCAUUGGUUAUCCUGUUUUCUUCGGCUUCGUGCUGACCUACAUGCGUGAUCGAAACGGUGUCAUUGCCGGAGACUGGCGGGAAUCCCUGGCCACCUUUUUUCUCGUCGGGGCGGCCGUGUUUGCAGGAGUUUGGAUUGCCAGCAUCCCUUCACAUCUGCUGCCGGUUCGGAGGUCUUGGAAGGUGGUCGUGUGGCUACAGCAGCUCCAGUCCUUCAGCAUCUGCCUCCUGCUCUGGCUGGUGACCCUCUUCUUCCGCGUUUAUCGGCGCAUGGGAUGA